AUGGGGAGUGAUGAAGAUCCUGCGGCCCGUCUCAGGAUGGAGUGGGAUGUAGAUGCAGAAGAAACCCCCCAAGAACCACAAGCAGCUGCGAUUGAGAAACGUCUGAAAGAUCAAGCAAUACGUUUUAGAAAAGGCCUUAUCCGAUGUAACUUUGGCAGUGAUGGUGGUGAACAGCAGGACGAUCCAGAAACGGUCGCGGACAUCGAAGGUAUCAUCGAUCUAACAACUGAAGUUCCUGCCACCCAUCAACGAUGCGAGUCUCACAAUGCACGUAACCCUCCCAUACCAUCAGAAGUCUUGCUAGACCAUUACAUCUUCGGUAACUCCAAGCUUCAGCCAGGGUUGACUGUUCAGAUCAAAACUCUUCAAGGCGAUCAACUAUACAAGGCCUCGUUUCUAUACAUCAAGCACAUAAUCGACACACCUGACGGUAUUAAACUUCGUGGUAUUCCUCUCACACGUAUGAGGUACCUGCGUGGUCUUGUCCCUCGAUUUCGGAAUGAAGUUGCGAUGAUCCGCCAUGUCGACAACGACGAUAAACGCCCGGAAGAGAUUCAAGGUGCUAUGGACGUACCUAUUGCCGAUGUUAUCAGGACUCGCAAUUGUCACUUCACAAACGCUGAUUUCCCUCAAUUUCGGACUGUGAUUGGGGUGUAUAGUAGCAUUGCUAAGCUUGAACAGAAAGGUGUGUUGAUGUGCAGGUGGAAAUGCACUUUCAUAUACAGGGACUCUGCAACUCGCAUCGCCCAUAUGAACAAGACUCGCAAGAAUGCUGCGCCUUUUGAGUUCUCUAUUGAGCAUGUCACCGCAAAAGAGGCGAGUAGAAAAAGAUUUAUAGUAUCUGAGAGCGGCCGAUUUAACGCCUGGCGAGGAGGUAAAGUACGUGGGGGUGAAUAUGAUUCUCAGAACGAGGAUAGUCCAUUCAAAAGCCCAGUUGUGAAAGUAGACGGCAAGGAAGACUCCGAGCAAGUGAUGAUUGCAAAGAAACCAGGGCAGCGAUACACAUUUGGAGACAUCUUUUGCGGAGCAGGAGGUGCAUCCUUAGGCGCUCAAAAAGCUGGUUUCCGAGUCAAAGUCGCUUGCGACCACCACGCGGGUGCGUGUCUCACGUAUGAGGGAGCUUUCCCGGAAGCAGAUCUACAUAUGAUUGACAUAUACGACUUCAUUGUCAAAAUUGCCAAAGAUAUUCGAGUGGACGUGUUGCACCUAUCUCCCCCUUGUCAAUACUGGUCUCCGGCACAUACAGUGGAGGGUGUUAAUGACGAGGCAAAUGUCGCGGCUUUGUUCUCAUGUCAUGAACUCAUCAAAAGACUAAAACCUCGCCUAUUUACGCUUGAACAGACAUUUGGCCUCCUACACCCAAGAUUUGAAUGGUACUUUAAUGCCCUCAUUCACGGCUUUACGGCGAACAACUAUUCAGUUAGAUGGAAAAUCGUGGACCUAGUUAAUUGGGGUUGCCCAGCUACUCGACGACGGCUACUUAUCAUAGGUUCUUGCCCAGGAGAGGAACUCCCUACUUUCCCUAAGGCCACACACGCCGCACCCGACGUCAAGAAGCGAGGAAGGAAACCACAUGUUACUGUCAAGAAGAUGCUAGCAAGAAUACCUCGCAACGCCUCCCAAUACGACGAUAUGCACCAGCCACACGCGAUGGUGCGUAAAUAUCUCGAACGAUGGGAUCCCGACGUAACUCUUACGCGUUGUAUAACUACUAACGGCGGGGUUGGCAACUAUCACCCGAACGGCCGGCGAGAUUUUACACUAAGAGAAUAUGCCACGCUGCAGACUUUCCCUGUCGACUACCCCUUCAAGAACCCGGACAGGAAGAAGCAGGUCGGGAACGCGUUCCCGCCAAUGGCUGUCAAGGUGCUCUAUACACACUUGCGCAAGUGGCUCGAAAAGAAGGACCGAGUCUACGCCAUUGAAAACGAGCCGGUAGACCUGGAUGACCCCGAUGUCGAGCUUCUUGAUCUCGAAGACGAUUUUGUGGAUGAGGGAACUACCGGUAGUGACGAUGAAGACUGCAAGUACAUGGGUUCCCAGCAGCUCUCGAGUUCGUCUCGUAGCACAGGCGCCAGCCAGGAAGACAUGGAUCUUGACGCAAGCGACGGGGACUAUAUCCUUGUUCCGUGUAUCGACAUGAAUCAGCGGCGACGGCUUCGGCCAGCUGUCGAGUUGCCUCAAGACAGCUACAUGGACCUCACAGUCGACGACGAUUGA